AUGAAUCAGUCAAAGACUUGGGUUGUUUCUAACCCGAAAUUGGUGGGACUUGCAAAUUUAGAAACAGAAUUGGAUAGGAAUCAACAUGAUAAUUUUAAUGAUCCUUUGUUUCCUCAUCCAACCCAUCCCAAUAUCCCAGCAGCUAAUGGAGAUGGUAAUCAGGAUAUGAAUCUUGACGAUGAUGCGAUGAUAAUUGUUGCUCAGACUUCCUUGAAUGAAUUUCAGAAUAGUGGUUUAAUUGGUUCAGUCAUCCUCAUGGCUUUCUUUUCUCUCUUAUUUUUAAUGAUUAUUGGAGUUUGGAAUUGUCAGGGUGCUGCUUCUUCUAAUUUUCUGAGAGCUUUUAAGGAAUACAAUCGUAUCUAUAAGCCUCAGAUUUUUUGUUUGGUUGAGCCUCGCAUUUCUGGCCAUUCAGCUGAUAAUGUUUGUAAACAGCUAGGUUAUGAUAAUUGGGUUCGUGUCGAGACUUUUGGUUUCAGUGGAGGCAUCUGGAUUUUAUGGUCAGAAAUAUUUUUUAAGUUAACGCUUGUGUCGACAGAUCCGCAAUUUAGUACAUGCAAUGUGUUACUUGAUAAUGGGGACUCGUGGUUAGUGAGUUUUGUGUAUGCUAGCCCUGACAUUAGUUUACGAAGACGUUUGUGGCAUUCGGUUCUGGGUUUCAAUGGAAGUGAGAAAAGUACCCAUUUUACUUGGAGUAAAGGUGGUAUUAAUUCUUCUUAUAAAGCUGCUCGAUUAGACCGUUGCUUGUGUACUGAGAUUUGGCGCAUGACAUUUUCUAGAGCUACAGUUAUUCAUGCUCCAAAGUUGCAUUCUGAUCAUUGUCCUAUUUUCAUGAAUUGCUUUGGAGUUACAAAUUCUUCUGUUCGUCAUUUUCAUUUUCAAGUGGCUUGGACAGCUCACAAAGAUUUUAUUGAUAGGUUGAUCCGUCGAAUUGAUGGUGUUCAAAAAAGCUUAGCUAUCCGGCGAACGAGAGGUUUAGUGAAGCUGGAAUUUAAUCUGAGACGACAGCUUGAAGAUGUUUUGAAGCAGGAAGAAUUAUACUGCUUUCAACAAUCUAGGGAGGAAUGGAUUGUUUCUGGUGAGAGAAAUACAAGGUUUUAUCAUCUUUCUACCGUGAUUAAACGCAAGAAGCAGCAAAUUCUCAAGCUGAGAAAUGGGAACAAUGUGUGGAUUGAAGAUUCUAGUCAACUUAAAGAGCUUGCUAGCGGUUACUAUCAGGAGUUGUAUUCGAAAGAUUUGGCGGUUGACUGGAGCCAUUUUGUUAGACCUGAUGGGCCUGCUCUUUCUUCUUCUCAACGGUUGCUUCUGGAUCGUCCUUUUUCUCAUGAUGAAGUAUAUGAUGCUUUGCGCCUUAUGUCUCCUUACAAGGCUCCAGGACCCGAUGGUCUACAAGCAGUUUUCUUUCAGAAAUCUUGGUCUGCGGUAGGUUCACAGGUUUCAGUGUUUAUUAUUGAGGUCUUGGGCGGGAGGGAGUUUCCAGAGGAAGUUAAUGAAAUGGUGCUGACUCUUAUUCCUAAAAUUGCUUGUCCAGAAUUUAUUUCUCAGUUCAGACCAAUUAGCUUAUGUAACGUGAUCUAUAAGCUUGUUACAAAAGUGUUGAUUAACAGAUUGAAAGAUGUUUUGAGCUCUCUCAUUGGAUUGGAACAAAGUAGCUUCGUUCCUGGCCGAUAA